AGAAUAUGAUUGCAAUAUGUGGCAGUAUUUUUCAUGCUCUCUACCUUUCGUUGAAAGACGUUUUUAGAGUCAGCUUCGCGUUUCGUGUCAAACGACUUAAAAAAAUGCGUUACGUGGCUGCCUAUUUGCUAGCUGUCCUAGGGGGCAAAGCCUCUCCAUCAAGUGCGGACAUCGAAAAGAUCCUGGGGUCCGUUGGUGUUGAAGCCGAUGGGGAAAGGCUUAAGAAAGUCAUCUCAGAGCUCAAUGGCAAGAGUAUCGACGACCUGAUUGCCCAAGGUAAGCUAGGAGUACGUCUUGGUGAAGCCGCGAAUAAGAGCCAUGUGAUAAUACACGUUUUAAGCAAAUUUUAA